AUGCAUGCCGAAAUGAAAUUCGAAGCCAACCUGACAGAUGACGCCGUCAAAGCCACGCAGAAGGAUAUCAAGAAGAAGAGAGCCCGAAACUAUUCGGAGAAAACAAAAGCAAAGAAGGGGUUAGCAGAUCAAAGGAAGAAGCAACAAAAGGUGACAUCCAUCGAAGACAUCCUUGGACUCCCGGAAAUCGAAGAUGAGUUUCCCUCGGUACUGGAACUGACCAUUGUCGACCGUGUGCAUGCCAGAGAAGAGGAGAAGGAGCGCAGAUCUAGAGAGGGUUGGUAG